AUGACAUACCGGGCUGACGCAACGCAACGAGGGGCUGUGCAUCAAGACCUGGAACAGCACAGGCACAAACCCAGCUCGUGUGGCAUAUCCCCAUCUUCUGCAAUCUUCCCCUACCUCUGCCAACACGACGUCCUCGAGGGGGAAACGGGAAACGGCACGAGUCCCGGUCUGCUGGGCCGCAUAAAGCGCUUCUUUCUCGGGGACAAGCUUGACAAGGAGAAAUUGGCUCAGCUAGGCAUGGGCGCCUUUGCGAGCUAUGGCUUCAUCUCGAACGUUACUUACUGCACCUGCCUGGGGAUAGCCUGGAUCAGCUUUGUCAGGGCCACUGGCACGUCGCCGCUUGCUGCGGGCCAAUGGCCGGCGUUCCUGGGCUUCUACGCCGGCCUGUGGACCGUCCAGAACUUCGCACGUCCGCUUCGCUUCAGCUUGGCUAUCGCCAUGGCGCCCGUCUUUGAGAGGCUCAUCUUGUGGGUGUCCAACACAACGGGGUUAUCGAAACGCUUUGCGUUCGGUCUCUACCUGCUGUGCUUCUCUUUCGUAACGGUCACAGUCACUUUCGGUACCAUCUACGUGCUGGGUGGAUUUCCUCCGACCACGGCCUGA